GUGAUCAAACGUUUUGUAGCGUGUAUAUAUUGUGAGGUUAUAGUUUUGUAUUAAUUUUUUAUUUGUAUGUAAUUAAUAACUAGUAAUUUAACGUAUUUAAUAGCGCAAAUUGUAUAUUCUGCUUUGUACAAGCAUUCUAUGAAACUUUAAUUUUUUACCAGUAAUUCCUAUCUUUACUAUUUAUCGAAGCCGACAUAUAAGCCAUGGAGAGUCAACUAUUGGAUUUUAGUGUUGUUAAACAGAAAAUUAUUAAAACAGAUGAAUUGUUGAAUAAGUAUAUAGAAAUUAAUUGUAAACUUAAAAAGAACGUACAGACAAGUAAAGAAUUGAAAUCUCAAUUAGAAAGAUCACAACUGGAGCAAGAAAGAAGUGAGUAUUCACAAAAAACAUUACAAUCCAAGUACAAUGAUUUAGAAAGCAAAUAUAAUGAAGUUAUGGAUCAGAUGGUAAAUCUACAAAAAAAAUAUGGUGAAAAAUUAAUUUCAUCUCAAACAACUAUACAAGAUAUGCAAGUUGAACUCGCAUUGUUGAAAGAACUAUCGCAUAAUUCAUCAAAUGCCGAUAUUACCAUCCAGGAAUUAACGAAAAAGAUAGAAGAACACGAGGAGACUGAGGAACAGAUUAGUAAAGAUAACUUAAGGUUGAAAAAAGAUAUUUUAAGUCUACAACAACAAAUAAGUCGUAAUAAAGAAGAAUAUGAUAAAAAUAUACAGGUCUUACAGAGGGAGAAAGAUGAAAUAAGUAGUAGUUUAUAUCAUACACAAAGUGAGCAAAAGGAACAACUCAAGAAGCAUGCUGAAAUUUGCCAUUUUAAGGAUAUGAGAAUAAAUCAGUUAGAAUAUCAAGUAUCUGAUGUAACAGCUCUAAAGGAUUUAGUUAAACUUCUCACAUUUGAAAAAGAACAGUUGAAACAAGAAAGUAUAUCCAAAUAUAUUCCCAAAUCAGUUGUAAGUGUUGGUUUGCAAACUGAUCAAAUUUCAGAACCAUUUUUCAGUAAUAAUUUAGAAUUUGGUGAAUCUGAUAUGUUUUUAUGUGAUAUAUUUAAAGAAAUGAUAAAUUAUACAACAUUGUUAUCACCGUUAAGAUCUAAUUCACCUGAAAUUGAAUACUGUUUAGAUAAUAUAGAAAAUGCAUCUCAUAUAUCUGCAAAUGUUUCUAUGGAAGAAAUAAAAGAAAAUAAUUCUCUUGUACUUAAAGGGAAUGAUGAUAUACAUUUAAAUAAUUCCACAUAUGAGAAUGGUAUUGCAGUUUCCCAUAACAUCGAGGAUGAUGAAGAUUAUAUGAUAGUAGAUUCAGGAAUUUCAUCUUUCUGUACACCAAUCACCCCUCUUAGUGACAUUAGCAAAGAUUACUUUAGCAAUAAAUCUGAUGUCAACAGUUUUGAAGACUUUAAAAUAAAAAAUAAACAACGAUUUAAAAAGGCAAGAUAUUUAAAACAAAGAAGGAAAACUAUUUCCAAAAUGACACACUUCCUAAGGAGAAAAAAGAAGCUAGUAAAUCGUGAUCCAGUGCUAAGAGCUUUAAAAGUUUUAAAACAAUCCAACAUUAACUUUAUUAUUUCCAAUGAAGAAAUAUUUUCUUCAGUUCACAAUAAGUCAAUUAAAAAGGUGUGUCAACAACUUAAAAUAACAACCCGAAAUGUUGAAUAUCUCACUUGUGCACAAGUCGGUUGUAGACAAAGUUGUAUGUUAGUUGAAGAUGGCAGUUUGUUGGGAUUCUUUGAAUCCAACAAAAAUACAACCCAUUGCAAUGAAAAAAUAUCAAUAGAAUCUAAACAACACAAUUCUAUUACAGACUUAACAAAUACCCUGCUCCCUAAUUGUUCCCCAGAUGUUGUCUUGGAUAAGCUGGCAGAACUAGUGAGCGAGAAACUCAAAAAGAAUAAGACACAUUGGCCUUCCAUGGAAUGUAACUCAGAAUACCUAUCAGAGUCAGAAGCAGAGUUACGAAGUUUAUUUAGUAAUUCUGUAUUGGAUACAAAUGGAGUAAUAGAAUCUGACAUUAACAUUAUUGAUUUAAAACUAUCAAAUGAGGAGCUGAUUCCAAGAAAUAUCUCAGCAGAAAUAACUUCCUCUACAGAUGCUCCUUUAGUUGAAAACAAUAGGAGUAUUUCAUAUUCAGUGAGUUCUGAUAAUGGUGUCAAUACAUGCCUUCCAAUUCAAACAGAAUCUGCCAAUUUUAUAAAUAAACAUAUGGUAGAUUAUAAUUGUGAAAAAAUUAUAGAUACUACUGAGGCCCCAAUUUGUGAAUAUAAUGCAAAGGAACCUAAAACUACUGAUAUUACAAAAAUGAGCAUUCAAGAUUUGUCAGAUCAAAGAAAUGAAAAUGAUGAUAAAAUAGCAACUGUAGAAACAUUUUUAGAACUAGAUGUACAAACUAAUAAAGAAACAGACAUAAAAUCAGUUUCUGUUAAAGAGAGCUGUGUCAACAAACCUCAAAAUCCCACUAUAAUAGAAACAAAAGUUUGCCAAAGCUUUACUACUGAAAAUAAUGACAGUUUAGACAUGAACAAACUAUCUGAGAUUGCUUUGGAAGAAGAAAUAGGACUGAAUGAUGGUGUUAAUGGAAUAACUUGCACUGUUAACUUUAAUAAUGCAACUAAUGAUACUACAAAAAAUACCCUUUUAAAUGUUUAUACACAAGAUCAUCAGGAUAUUAUAGAAGGUGCCUAUUUAUCUAAAGAACCACCUGAUAAAUUAAAAAGUGAACAAAUAGAUGCUGUGGAUCUUGUUGAAAAAUCAAAAAAUAUUGUAUCUAUAAAAAAUGCUUCUUAUAAUGAAGAAAAAGCCUUAGAUUUAGUAAUAAAUGAACCAAAAGUAAAACUAUUGGAAACAUCUGUGUUACCUUCAGGUAUAGACUCUGGUUGUUUAUCUAAAGAACCCUCUGCUAAAUUACAAAGUCAAAAAAUAAUUACUGUGGAUCUUGUCGAAAAAUCAAAAAGUAUUUCUACAAAAAAUGAUUCUGAUAAUCAAGAAAAAGCCUUAGAUUUAGUAAUAAAUGAACCAAAAAUACAAAUAUUGGAAACAUAUGUGUUACCUUCAGCCAUAGACUCAAAUGAUAAUGAUCAAAUAUGUUGUAACCCUGUUAAAGAUGAUUUUAGCAAAAAAUAUUCACCUAAAAUUUAUUCUGAUGAAUUGGAUAACCAUUUCCAACUGCCUCUUCCUACGGAUGAAGAGUAUAAUGUGGAACUGAGUCAUGUUCCGAGGGAAGCUUCAAAUUGUAUCGACUUGUCUGAUGAUGAAGGCCAAGAUAGAUGCCUGAUACAAAAUUUAAGAGAUUUUAAUCAUAAACUUGAUUUGAAUUUGUCUUUUUCAUUCGAAGAAAAUGAAGAAAGAGACGAAAAUGAAACUACUAUAACUAUUUCUAGAACACCAAGCCCCAAAAUAGACAAUAAUUCCGUUUAUAUGAUGUCCCCUUCAAAUAUUUUAGAUAUCUAUAGGAUAGCACCAGCAUGUAUCAGUCCACUAAGUCCAAAUAGUGCACUUAAAGAUGAAGUUGAUGAAGAAGAAAUUAAAAAUGAGACUGAUCAAGUUAAGAAUAUUGAUUUAAAUAAUGAAAGUAUAUCUUCAAAGCAAAGGUCUCCUUUAAAAAAAUGUAUAGAAAUUCUUUCGAACACAGGAGAGAGUAUUAUGUCAGAUUCGACCAUAUCUCCAACUUCCAAAUGCAUAAAUUAUGUUUUACAACAUGAACAAAUGUUGGGGUCGGAGAUAGAUUCAUUUUUACAACAAUUCGAAUCUGAUAAAAGCUUUAGUGACUUGAAUAAUUCCACAAAUGUUGUUGAAAAUCCUUGUAAUCAGGGUUUCACUAAAUCUCCACCCAAUAGAAAAAGAACAUCACAGUUUCGAUCCCCAACCAAUUGUUCUGCACCAGUUCCACCUCCUCAAACUAAAAGUAUUAAAAAUUUAACAAAAUAUUUUGAAUCAGCUAAUUUAGAAAGAUCUCUCGUGUCACAACAACCACCAAAUAAAAAUUUGACUCAAAUUACUUCUGAUUCAACAACUUCUGUUCACAUUCCAGCAGGGCUUGCAAUACUUGCAACCAAAUGCAAUCCUGCUGUGUCUACUAAGCCUUUUAUAAAUGUUUGUCCAUCAAAUAAUCAGUAUGUAUCAGCUGCUGCUUCUUGUGUGCGAGAUAGUUCUUCUCUUGAAACUGAAAUGCCAAUGUGUUCUCCAUUACCUCUUACUGCAAGAAAAUGUGAAUUGUUUUGUAAUCCUAGUGGAAGUAUCUCUCCACCAAUACCUAAAGUCACAUACGGAUUGUCUUCACCUGUCUCUUCUCCAGUAUCUCCAGUAGUAAACUGUCCUGAAUCACCUGACCAAGUAGAGCUGUUGCAACAUGAAACUGUGUAUCCAAAAAUUAUACCACUGGAGAAAAUUGAUGGUUUAAUAAAUGGGAUGAAAAACGAAACUCCUAAUAAUGAUAGUAAAUGUAGUGAAGGUGAUGUAAAGAAUAAUCAACCAUGUAUUAGGAGCAAAUAUGGACGGGUGAUAAAAGUUAAAAAAUACCCUGAUUACUAUGAUGGUACUUGUGACAACCUAGGUAAAUCCACAAAAAUAUCAUCUGUAGCUGAAUCAGAAGAAAAAAAUAGACAUGAAUUGGAAGCUAAAAAUGAAAGUGAAAGUAAUGAAAAAAUGUUAGUAAACAAAAUAGAUGAAACAAGUUGUAGUGAACAAGUCAAUCAAGUGCCAGAUCCGGCAAAGAAACCAAAACUAGCUAAAAAGUUGACAAAACUUCAGUCUAGUGUAAAGAGACAAAUGAAACAAACACAAGUUAUGUUUCGACAACCAGCAACAAAUAUCUGUGAUAAUAAUUUAGAGAUUUCAAACCAACCAGAAGAAAUGGAAACAGAAAUUAGCAAUAAGAAAAUUAAAAUUGUCCAAAAUGUACUCAUACCUUCAAAUGCAAGUUCUCCCAUUGAUCUACUGCAAUCCAAAAGCUCAGUUUCAGAUCAUGAUUCUAACCGGUUAAAACCAGAGCCUUUUGCUCCACAGCAAAGUAAUUGUGAUGUAUUAUCUUCGAUUAUAAGCCAAAUGGACAAAAUUAGGUCCCAUAAAACUGUGAUUAUGUCUAAAAGGGUAUCAACUCCUAAAAGUAUCAACGAAAAGGAAUGGAGGAGAGGAUUGCUGGAUAUAGCAGAAACCAUUUACAACAGAGAUAUCAAUAUGCCGAAUAUUUACGGUACUAGAAGCUUCAAAAAAUUAGGAUUAUUGAAGAGGGGGGCGAAAGUAUCAGACAAGAUUGGGUUUUUGCUGAAGAAAUUUUUGGGCCUUCCCAGCGAUGAAACCCUACCAGAAAACAUUAUCGUUGAAUUCGCGAGAUUGAAUGUUGAUUAUAUCAUAGACAUAAUCAUUUACCAACUCUCAAGAGAUAAAGACAAGCCCGAAGACUGUUAUCCGGCACCACUUAUGACACCAACACAGCGGAAAUUCCUGCGUUUAUUGAUUCAACUGGAACAGAAAAGGAUGAACAUUAUUGAAAGGUUCUAUUGUAGAAUCCAAUAUUAUGUAUGUAGAAAUGAUAUAUCUGUGAAAGUGGGCAUUCCAUUGACCCGAUUAUUCAUGGGAUUAUGUCGUCUUAGGGCAGAUAUUAACAUGAUGCGUACCUUUUGCUGUGAAGCCUUCUACUAUGCGGGCGAGGUUGCCAUACCAAUUUUUUUUACCGUUUUAACUUCAUGGGCCGAUGUUAUACCUCUAUACUCUGAGGUUGAUGUAUAUCCCAUGGCGAAGGUACUAGUUCAGUUAGUGUAUGUAAUGAAAGGAAAAAAACCAGAAUGCAACAGUUAUGCUUUAAGAGAUUUACUGGAUAAAUACUACGGCUAUCCCAAAGAAAGAAGGGACUGUGACGAGUUUUUCCAAGAAAUUUAUCAGCACUAUUUAGAAAAACCUUGUGAGUCCACCGAGUAUGCUAUAAGAAUGUACCUCAAGCACAAGGACAAACCUUGGACAUAUAAGAAAUUGAAUGAAUUGUUCAAACCGUUGAUUUACAAGAUACCGCCAGAAAAUUCAAAUUUUAAGGCAGCAAACAUAAUAUUAGUUGGUAAAUUAUUGAAAUAUUUCAACAGUGGAAUGGAAUUUGACAAAAAGUGUCUUGUAGAGAUGAAGCUGUGGUUCGAAGGACUCUUGGAAGAUAAUUCCGCAGAUCCGAUUGUUCUACAAAGCAUACACUACUCGCUCAACCUCGCUAUUCCCCGUAGGAUAAGGAACCCGGAGCUGGAUAUAAAAAAACCAAAAAAGCCCAAACCGAUUCCCAGGUCACAAAUAGCCUCAAAUUUGUAAAUAAUAAUUUAUUUAUAUACUUAUGUACAUAUAUAAUCAAUGAAAAUUGAUGGAUGUAGUAUAUUGUAAUUAAAAAAGCACUUAUUAGUUUUGUAAUAAGUACUUCUUUGUAUGACUGUUGAAAAAUAGAUGUUUAAAAAAUGAAAAAUGAUCUUUUCUACAAAAUUUUCGUGGCCUAAAGACAGUUACAAACUGUAUAUAUAUACGAGAUUUUUUAUACAACAUUUUAAACGGAACAUAGCAUAUUGGAGAGGUUCAAAAACAUUUAUAGCAAUAUAAUUUUCGAUCAAUCUGUUUCGCGUUUUAUUUAUUAUAUUAUUUUAUAAUCCAUCCAUUGAAUGCUUCAAAUUUGGAUAGAAAAGUUUUAUCUACAUUUUUUGAACCUAUUCAAUACGUAACC